GAAAGAGUCAGCCCCAGCGCGCCUGCGCGGAUCAGCCCUGCGCGUUGUGAGGCAGUGGCGGGGGAAGGCACCGGUGGGGCCGACGGGCGGGUUGAAGGAGGGAAGCGGGCGAGCGAAGUCCCAGUGCGCGCCGCGGCGGCACGGGUACCCUCCCCUUCCGGGCGUGGGGCGCUGUGAGGAAAGCUGAAGCGGGCGGACUCGCACCGGCAGCGAGGCGCCGCUACCGCCGUCCCAGCCCAGCCUCCCUCGUCUCCGGCGCUCCCGUCGUGGGGGCCCGGGUUCCUCAGCACACCCAGCUCCAGCAGCCCCAGAGCCUGUCCCCAGUCCUUCGGAAGCCCCGGCGCCAGCCCGGGCCCUUGGCGGGCAGGAUGACGGAGCUGCAGUCGGCACUGCUACUGCGAAGACAGCUGGCAGAACUCAACAAAAAUCCAGUGGAAGGCUUUUCAGCAGGUUUAAUAGAUGACAAUGAUCUCUACCGAUGGGAAGUCCUUAUUAUUGGUCCUCCAGAUACACUUUAUGAAGGUGGUGUUUUUAAGGCUCAUCUCACUUUCCCAAAAGAUUAUCCCCUUCGGCCUCCUAAAAUGAAAUUCAUUACAGAAAUCUGGCAUCCAAAUGUUGAUAAAAAUGGUGAUGUAUGCAUUUCUAUUCUUCAUGAGCCUGGGGAAGAUAAAUAUGGUUAUGAAAAGCCAGAGGAACGCUGGCUGCCUAUUCACACCGUGGAAACCAUCAUGAUUAGUGUCAUUUCUAUGCUGGCAGACCCUAAUGGAGACUCACCUGCGAAUGUUGAUGCUGCGAAAGAAUGGAGGGAAGACAGAAAUGGAGAAUUCAAAAGGAAAGUUGCCCGCUGUGUAAGAAAAAGCCAAGAGACUGCUUUUGAGUGACAUUUAUUCAACAGCUGUAACUUCACUUAUUUCAGGGUCUCCAAUUGAGAAACAUGGCACUGUUUUUCCUGCACUCUACCCACCUAUUGCUGGACUUCUGUUGUAACAAGUUGGCAAACACUGGCUGGAACUGGGCUGCAAUAAAACAUGCCAGUAUCAAUGCUGACAAGAGCCUAACAAGUGCCAACUUACAGAUGAUUACGCAUUUUGAAUUCUAAUGAACUGUUUUAACCUUCAGGAAGAGUUGUAAAGACCUGUACAUAGCACAACAUGACCCGGAUAAUAUAUAUACUGUUCAUGUACAUCCACAGAUACACCGUGUACCAAAUGAUGCUUUCUUGUAGUAGGAUAAGAAUCGUGUAAAUUCUAAAAGAUUUUAGCAGGUUUUCUUUCCCUUUUCAUUGUUUCUUAUCAGUUUUAAAAGACUCCUUAAAGCAUGUCAGAUAAAAAGCAAUUAGGAUUAAAAGUUUCCAUUUAAUUUCCUUUAAACCAUUGAAGCUUCAUUAAACUCUUUUCACUUACUAAACUUUUGUAUCUUCUUUGUUUUGACACACUCCCCUUUGCUUUUAUCUCUUCUGUCUGCCAGGAAGUUUUCAAAUCAUUUAGUUCAAAUACUGAAAUAUUCAAUAAGCAACUACUUGAUGUUUAAUGAUGACUUCAGUGAAAUAGUCAUCACUAGGUGCUUUGUCCCUUUUGUAUUAUACUUGCACCCAUCUCUUGGAUUGGAUAUAGCAAUAACAUUUUUUUGUUGUCGAGAGCUCUUGAAUUCAGUCAUUAUCCCCAAGAAAUAAAAAGAGUUGGUUCUGAAUUCAAUUCAGAUUUAAAAUUAUUGAAACUUACCCCAAAUAAUGCAGAAAUUCUGGUUUGGUUUUAUUUUUGCCCUCAGUUACCUAAUGUGAAGGUUGGAUGAAUAAAGCAUGCACAGCUACAGGCUUUCUACUUAACUUCUGGGUUUGCUAUUAAAAAUGCUGUUUAUCCACAUAACCCUUCUCUUUAGCCCUUCAUAUUUCUUUGCCUCUAUUCUUCUAUACUGCAGAUUUUUCCCACCUAUUGUACAAAGAAAUUGCGAUGUAUAUUUUCAUGUAAUUUGAUUUUGGAAUUCUGUCACCUUAUGUAGUGAGUUCUUCCAAAAUAUAAUUUUUUUCCAAUAA